AAAGUUCAACAAAUUGUUCCAUGCUGUAUGUAGUAAACACUUCAAGCUAUCAGUAAAAAAAUAGAAAAAAAAAAAAUGUUCGACACUAAAUGGUUGCCUGCCGCCUGUGGCAGUUUGGCGCCCGCCCUCAUACCGCCCGCACACAUGUUGGUGUUGGCCUACUUUUGGCAAAAUUAUUCACGUUACGUUGAUAAACACUUUUGUACUUGCUCCUGCUGGGACACCAUAUUCAAGGGACCAUAUGAAUCGGGUAUCGCCUCCUAUAAGCAUCUCUACUUCAAUGUCACACAAAACUCGUUCAAAAUGUGGCUGAUGACUGUAUUCGCUGUUAUUGCACUUUAUGAAUGCAUUAAACAGUUGAUUGCGUUGAUAUUGCAACAACGUUGCCGCUACUCGAUGUUGUUGCUAUUCUCGUUGUCGAUAUUUUCACAUUACUAUGCGUGGUGGGCGUACAUGAAUUACUACAACGACGACUACUAUCAACAAUGGAAUCAUCAACUAUUCUUUACGGUAACCGAAUUCAUAUCUUCCGUAUUGGUCAUGCAUCUGGCCAACACCACCAACACUGUUACAUCGAAAAAAGUAUUCUGCAUCGUUGGCAUUGCCAUACUACACAUCACAGCCAGUAGUUUCGAUCAAUUCUUCCUGAAUGUGGUACGUGGCGAGGGCUAUGCUCAUCAAAUAGUACGUGAUAUCGGUUUUAUGGUACCGGACAUACUACAAUUAAUUAUACCAUUGUGGCUGUUCCGUAAAACGCGCAAGGAAUCGUAUACGACACGCCCCUUCUAUCGUGAUCGUAAUCUACACAAAGAUAUUGUGGCGAUGCUAUUCUUCGUGUUGGCACUCUUUGUGGUUUGUACGAUUUUGUGAGAUAAAAUUUUCCAAUACCUACAGAUGAUGAAUAGCGAAGAGGAAGCGCGUGCCACAAGGCGUAUGAAUUUAAUGGCGCGACUCUACUUCAAUUUGUAAGGUAAUUUGAAUAACAUACAUAUCUAUGUAAUGUAAAAUGUUAAACAGCAACAAAGUGGGAGCAGACAUGCAGUACAUUUAACGGAUGUUUGAGGUUGCGCGACGGCAUAGCAUAACUUUGUCGCACUGAACCGCAAUUGGUGUGGUGUAAGUCUAGUUUUAGCUACAUAGUUUUAUAAUUACAAAUUCUAGUACAUACGCCCAUACGUACUUGGAUACAUACAUACAUAUGUAUGUAUGUAUAUAGUUAUAGAAUUAUAUACAUAUUUAUAUUACAUAGUUCAUAGUGCAACUAGUUCAAAGAACAAACUUUUUAGUUUUCCUUUCUUCCGCUAUGUAUAACCAUGUGAUAGAUGUGUGUGUUUCUUUUAUAAACUUAAAAUUUUAAUUAUGAUGGAUUUUUUAUUUCUUAAAAAUGAAGUAGUGAGUGUUAGUGAUGGGGAAAAGAAAAUAUAUACGUACAUACAUACAUACAUACAUACAUUUGUAGAAAGAAAAUAGUUUUUUAUAAAUUUUCGGAAAACAUGCUUUAGCAGGCAAAUUUGCAUACACUCUGCCAAAUAAGUUCUAAAGCUGGUUUACGCUUUUUUAAGGACUUUAUUUUUGAUGUAUUUACUUACAUUUCUUUAAAUUUUUCAUAAAUUUUGUUAAGAUUCAAUAUUGCACAAUUUGUUGGCCACAUAUUUCCCCAACAUAAAGACUUGCUUUUGAAACUAUUUGACAGAGGAAUGUAUGUACAUAAAUAUUUGCAAAUAUCAUGGCAAAUUAUAAUAAGUUUACUGAAAUCUACGAAAAAAUAUUAGUUAUAUUCAAAAUAGAUUUUUAUGGAACAAAAGUUGUAGUGAAACCAAAAAAUAGUUGUAGUCAAAAUAAAAGUUUGACCAUAUCAGCACAAAUUUUUUACACCGUAGAUAACAUACUCGAACGUACCACAUAGUAUUUACAUAUGUAUGUAUAUACAAAUACAACUCUCCCUACCUAAAAUAAAAUCAUUCUUCAUUUUCAAACUAUAAGCAUCUAAAAACUUCAAAAUGACUAGGUUAGGUUAGACAGUUGGCUCUGGUUUAUGUGUACGCACGGUAGCCGUAAAGAACCGUUGUAAUGCCUAGGAGAUGACAUCCCUCCCUAUACUUUGGCCAUCCCGAUUUUCUUGCGAAUGCUAUCAGACCCUCUAAUAAUGUUUUCAGUGGUCCUCCAGAAAGUUGGGAAGUGAACGACACCCACUUACGAAGUGCUGGAUUGAUUCUCUAUCCCACCUCAUCUCCACAGCUUUUGCAAAAAUCGUAAAGUGAGCUAUGCACCUGGUGGACAUGUGGUCAGUGUUCCGCAAGUAUUCCUGUGAGUAGCGGUACGCAUUUGGCUUUGAGGGCCUUAGCCUACUCCAUGGUCUUCGUUCAUCCACA